AUGGCGGACACGCUGCCACCUCAUGUGCAAGAAACCGAUACGACCACACAGGGCUCACCCGAGCAGGUACCACGACACCUGACCGAAAUCUUUACAACCUUCUGGGCCAAGCUCUCAGCUCACCUACGGGCGCCAACAGCUCCGGUGAAGGGGAGGAACAGAGGGGGAGAGGUGGGAAAAGAGCGGGCACCCCAGUGCGCUCCCUCCACAACAGCGGCACACUCACCCUCACGUGGUCUAUCUGGGCCGAAAACCAGCAGGGAUGAACCGCAUCGAUCAUGGAUGCGGAGGGUCCCUCGCCGCAGGCAGCAAUCCAUCAAGACCCACUGUCGCCCCCCUACAGAAACAAAAUCGGUCUCCAGUGUUUGGGAUAAAAGUGAAAAUGGCGAUUGGCACUGCACAGCAAGUUGGAAGACGCACAGUGGUUCUGUGUGGCGAGUAACUUGGGCUCAUCCAGAGUUUGGACAGGUUUUGGCUUCAUGUUCGUUUGACAGAACAGCUGCUGUGUGGGAGGAAAUUGUUGGUGAAUCAAAUGAUAAAUUACGUGGGCAAAGUCAUUGGGUUAAGAGGACAACACUUGUGGACAGUAGAACCUCAGUUACUGAUGUAAAAUUUGCUCCAAAGCACAUGGGGCUGAUGUUGGCAACAUGUUCAGCAGAUGGUGUAGUGAGAGUGUAUGAAGCACCUGAUGUGAUGAACCUGAGCCAGUGGUCUCUGCAGCAUGAAAUCUCUGGCAAGUUGAGCUGCAGUUGCAUCUCCUGGAAUCCUUCCAGUUCGCGAGCUCAUUCUCCAAUGAUCGCAGUUGGUAGUGAUGACAGUAGUCCCAAUAUUAUGGGAAAAGUCCAAAUAUAUGAAUACAAUGAAAAUACAAGGAAAUAUGUAAAAGCAGAAACAUUUAUGACUGUCACAGAUCCUGUUCAUGACCUCUCCUUUGCUCCAAAUCUGGGACGAUCUUUCCACAUUCUUGCUGUUGCCUCAAAAGAUGUUAGAAUAUUUACCAUGAAACCCUUAAGGAAGGAGCAGACCUCUUCUGGAGGUGUGACAAAGUUUGAGAUUCACACAGUGGCUCAGUUUGAUAACCACAACUCUCAGGUAUGGAGAGUGAGUUGGAACAUCACUGGUACUGUUUUGGCAUCAUCAGGAGAUGAUGGAAGUGUACGACUGUGGAAAGCAAACUACAUGGACAAUUGGAAGUGCACUGGUGUUCUAAAGGGAGAUGGGAACCCAGUAAACCCAUCCCAGCAAGGAUUCAUGGGUUCUUCGUUUGGAUCAACAAAUCAGAGUCUUCAGAAUUCUGUGAAUGGUUCAGCAUCCAGCAGAAAGCACAGCUGAUUCCAAGCUAACAGGAGUAACUUUGCUGUUUUGCUGCUUGUUGCAUGCACACAGGAAUGGAUGCCGAACUUCAUUUUCUCCUCCCCAGCACAGUUUGAGACCUUCCAAGAUACACGGUCAAGCUGCAUACUUCUAAAUGAAAUAAAGGCCCAUUUUAUGUA